AUGAAUAUCCUCGAGAGCUGCAUCUUGACCAUUAUCGCCUGCACAUGGACUAUCCAUCACCCGAAUGUACCUGGGGGAGCCCCAAGGACAAGACUAGGGACAUUCUUACAUCACCUCAAGUGGAUGGCUCUGACCAUUCUUAUCCCAGAAUUCAUCUUAGCUCAAUCUAUUGACGAGCAUCUCUGGGUCCGCAAAACUUGGAAAGAAAUGGAGAAAAAGGAGAAACACAAGUCUUCCGACAGCAAGAAGCGUUUUUGCGGUAUCACUCGCAAGGAAACAUGGAAGCUUUUUUCCGCUAUCACCUGCAAGGAAACAUGGAAACGUCGUUUCGAUGUCACCUCCAAGGAAACAUUGAACUGGUCGAAGAAACAUUUAUAUUACGCGAAUAUGGGUGGCUUUCGAGUCAGACUAUGGGAAGGUGUUGAUGAUGAUGCUGGCACCUUCCCUCUAACUUCCGGAGAGUUAGUGAGAUACCUUAAUCCGGGCUCAAACAAUGUGCCCAGAGAACAUCCAACCCGGUCCCAAACCCCAUUGGCAGCUGAAGAGCCAUCGAAGUCUCAAGAACCAUCGACACCUACAGAGUCAUCGUCACAACACGAUCUAUCAGUAGGAUCAGGGAUUGAAGCUCCUAUUUCAGAGACCCAGAUUGAACGUAUGAUCAAACAAGAUGCCUUCUUGAAAGUGAUUGCAUUUUUGCAAAUCUCAUGGAUCAUCCUAUCGACUUCGUGUCGACGGUACCUCCGCAUUUCUACAUCUCAGCUUGAGAUUUUAACUUUGGCGUUUGCAGUCUGCGCGGUGCUGACCUACUUAAUCCGCUGGAAUAAACCACAGAACGUUGAAAUCUGGACAGAGAUUCCAAACGGCUCCAAAAACCUGAACCAGCUCUCCGAACCGAAUCGCUUCUUCAAAACCAUUACCUACCUUUGGCGGCAUGGAGGAAAACACAAGCGUCGAGCAUAUUUUAGAAAUGACACAUUGCGUCCCUAUUAUCUCAACAGCGCAUUUCUCCCCUGGCUUGUCGUAUUCAUGGUGGCCAUCGGGGGUCUACAUUUAAUCUCUUGGGAUUUCUCAUUUCCCUCCAAUACCGAACGAGAUCUUUGGAGUCUCGCCCCCUUGCCGCUUGUAUGGAUUCAAGACUAUCCCAAUAUGAAGUCUACAAAGAAGAUCAAGAAUGAGCCUCAGAGGUUUAUAAAGGACUGCGAAAAGCUAUUGCGGGGCUUCGAAAAGAAAAUAGACCGCCGGCUUGAAAAGAAUCGGAAUGAUUCUGACUUGGAAAAGAAAAAGAACCCUGGCUCAGAGGAAAACCCUGGCUUGAAAACGGAAAAGGAAACGAACGAAGCUCUCAAAAUCCAAGUCGGUGAAACCUUGCACAAGUUGACAAGUGCCCAAGAGACCCGCGAGAAGUACCGUAAUGUAUUCGGGGCCUCAUUAUCCUCAGAGCUCUACUCCUACGUCCAGAGACACUGGAAUCGGGUUAGCAGUGAGACGUCUCCAAGCUUUCCCACAAGAUUUACAGAGCUCCAUGAUAAAUUACACAGCGUGCAUUUCACGGCACAUGACGGUAUUAGCCAAGAGAUUCUCGCCACCUAUGAUAGCAUACCUAUCUUCGACAAGGACUUCGACAGGACUGACGUCUUUCCAAAUCUGACAUCAAAAUGGAGAAGAGGCAGCAUUCGACGCGACAUUUUGACCUAUGUCACGCCAUUAGUUGGUGCUUUGUACUCCAUAGCACGCCUCAUUAUCAUUGCCAUAGCGUUUUCAAGCUUGCGGUCGAUGCCUACCGACGUGUAUAAGGCGACUUGGACUACCUACCUCGUAAAGUUCGGAUAA